CUAAUCACAAAUUCGAACUUGCAUUCCCUCCAUCUCGGUACAGGCGAGUCGAUAUACAACUCUCUUCUUCCCCUUUUGGAGUCUGCAAACGAAGAAGUGAUACUAGUGACUUGUUUCUGGGCUGUUUCCUCUACGCAAAAACUGGUCAAUGAUGCACUACGAAAACUCUCGGACAAAGGAAAGCAACGAGAAAGAAAGAUUCGCGUGAGGAUAUGUUUUUCCUCCUCUGGUAUCUUGCAAAAACUCUUGCAUCCACAGAAUUUGGCUGGGAAAGUGUAUCAGCCAGAAACAUGGCAGUCUUCACUGCAUUUGCCAAAUCCGCAAGAGUUGGAGGGGCUGGAUAUGCAAGUCAAGAGUAUCUUCCUCUUGCCGUUUUCCGUUAUGCAUCCGAAAUUCAUUAUUGUGGAUAGGAAAGUUGCAGUAUUACCGAGUUGCAAUGUUAGUUGGGAGGAUUGGUUCGAGGGUGCUGUUACGCUCACUGGACCUGUGGUUUCCUGCUUUGUGGACUUUUGGAGGGAGUUUUGGGCACAGCCUGAAGAUCGAGAUGAACUGCUCAAUCGCUCUGCGGAUUCUGAACUGGAAGAUAUAAUCUCAAUGACACCACAGCAACAGCAACAAGCACACCUACCCAUCCACGCACCACUGGACCUCAAGGACAUUCCCACAAUCUUCCUACCCAGCCCCCACAACCGCAAUCCCUCCUUCCGCCUGCCCUGGCAGACCUCAGCCCCUCCCCCACCUACACCUCUAAACACCUUCUUCCUCCGCAGUCUCGCCUCCGCCGAAACAGAAAUCUACAUCCAAACGCCAAACUUAACCGCCCCUCCAGUCCUAACCGCCAUCCUCCGCACCCUCCACCGCGGCAUAAACAUCCAUAUCGUCACGAGCGAGAAACUCAUGAUCCUAGAGCAAUUGGUCACGGCAGGAACAACCACAUCCCGCUGUAUUUCCAAACUCAUCACUAGAUAUCAAGACCUUUGCUCUUCCCAAACUACAGAUCUAGAGGCGGGAAGACCGAAGAUGGGGGACUUGAGGAUUGAAUACUUCACACCCAAGGGACAAGGGAGGGGAGAACCACAGCAAAGUCACCUGAAAUGUACGAUUGUGGAUGGAGAGUUGGUGCUAUUAGGGUCGGGGAAUUUGGAUAGGGCGAGUUGGUUUACUAGUCAGGAGUUGGGGGUUGCGUUUUUUGACAAGGGGUUCGCUGAGAAGUUGCGAAUUGACCUCGAGGGUGCGCUGAAGGGGAGGGUUAGGAGGGUGUUGUAG